AAAGUUGUAAUUGUUGUAGCCAAAUUAUUGAAUGUGAUGGUAGCGAUACUUGGAAAGCUCCCUUUGGGGAACAAAGUCAUUCCCUAUCAUAGAUCUGGUCGUUGGGGGAAAAUUUUGUGCAUGGUUGUACUGGAUAGUUAUCGACAACUAUCCAUUGCAAAAGCAACACCAAUGAGAUUGUGGAGAUCUUUAAUUUGUAUAAGCUUCUCCAUAAGCAAUUAAAAGGCUUAUGAAGAAGCUAAAUGAAGAAAAUCGUAGAUAUGGAAUUAAGAUAACAAAAAAAAUGUAUUCAUCUUGCGCUCACGCAUUCAUUCGCAGCCGCUCUUCCCUUAUCAGAGAUCAAAGGUCAAAACUGGUUUAUCGUUGACGGAGCAGCAAUAGCAUGGAAUGAUUUAGUGUAAACAACAAAGCAAACAAUGAAGGUUCUUCGCCAAAUUUUCAAUAAUCUGCCCAUACGACCAAUUAAACAAAAUUGGCGAUGUUUAUCAUCUUUGCCAGUCAUUGAUGUAAAGGUGGAUAAGAAAGGAAUAGCCACUUUGAACAUGAAUAAACCUCCGGUAAAUGUCCUUAGUACGGACAUGUUGCUUAUGUUAAAAUCAGAAAUUAAAGAGCUGGAGAAAAACAAAUGCCGUGGCUUGAUUUUGACAUCUGCAAACAAAUCUGUUUUUUCGGCAGGAUUGGACCUUAAAGAGUUGUAUAGACCUGAUGAGCAGCGUUUGAGGGAGUACUAUGCUCUAUUCCAGGAGACAUGGUUAGCAUGGUACGGAGCAGAAAUGCCAACAGCGGCAUUGAUAAAUGGUCAUGCUCCUGCCGGUGGCUGCGUAAUUUCUACUUGCUGUGAUUAUCGUGUUAUGCUGCCCAACUUUACGAUUGGCGUUAAUGAAGUUCAAUUUGGCGUAAUCAUUCCAAUAUAUGUACAAGCAUCAGUCAGUAGUGUCUUACCCAAACGAAUUGCAGAGAUUGCAUUGACCCAAGGAAAAUUGUAUACAUCCGCUGAAGCCUACCAAGUGGGGUUUGUCGACGAACUGGCCGAUACCAAGCAACAAGGACUUGACAAGUGUUUAAAAUAUUUGGCAGCUUUUGAAAAAGUUACUCCCAAAGCGGCUACACUAACAAAGCUACAGUUUCGUGCUGGAGAUUUGGAAGAAUUUCACAGAGAAAGAAAACGUGACUUGGAUAAAUUUGUGAAAAACGUAACAGAUGAAGAAACACAACAGGUAAUAGGCGAGUAUGUAGAAAGUUUGCAUAAUAAACAGAAAAAAUAAAAUUGGCUUUGCAUUCGUUGGAAAUUCGAGGAACCUAUGCUUCCCAUUAUG